GUGUAGGUCGAGUGUUACAGCGCGAAGAGUGGCCACAUGUCCUCCGCGACAGAAGCGGGCUUGCGAUCACUCUCGUUCAUAAAGAGACUGUCGGACGGAGUGUGCGGGUCUCUCUCUCUCUCUCUCUUCCCUCUCUCCCUCUCUCUCUCUCUCUCUCUCUCUCUCUCUCUCUCUCUCUCUUCCUCUCCGGUGGUUCCGAGACCGUCCCCCAUUGGAACUUUCGUCGCCGGGACACGUUUGUGUUUGUGGUGUUGUGAGUCCGCGGGUCAGCCAAGUUGCGCCGUCAUGCCGGCCGAUUUUCGCGCAGGAUUCAAGAAGUGGAUGCAGGGAGAGGGCACCGUGAAGCGGAAUCUGUUCUGCGGCUUGGCGGAGCUGAUCGGCACGGCUCUCCUGGUGUUCCUGGGAUGCAUGGGAUGCGUGGGUAGCCUCGGCGUUACACCGCCUCAUCUGCAGAUAGCGCUAACCUUCGGUUUGGUCGUCAUGGUUGUGAUUCAGUCCAUCGGCCACAUCAGUCAGGCUCACAUCAAUCCUGCAGUCACCAUGGGCGCCGUCGUCCUCGGCAAAAAGAGCAUUCCCGAGGCUUUAAUUUACAUCGUGUCGCAGGUCAUCGGCGGUAUCGUGGGAUACGGUAUACUGAAGGUGGUGACGCCGAAGGAGCAACUGACAUCCGGCUCGAUCGAUCAGGCCGAUGUGUUUUGCGUGACCGAUAUACACGGCAGCCUGUCCGCGAUCCAGGGCUUUCUUCUCGAAGCCAUCGCCACCGGCGUUCUGAUGCUGGUCGUGUGCUCCGUCUGGGACAUCAGGAACGAGAAGAACACGGACUCGGCGCCGAUCAAGUUCGGCUUUACGGUGGCCGUGCUGGCGACCACAGUUGGCCCGUAUACCGGUUGCAGCAUGAACCCGGCCAGGUCAUUCGCACCAGCAUUGUGGAACAAUCAGUGGGCGCGUCACUGGAUCUACUGGUUCGGCCCGAUCGCCGGUGGCCUGCUUUCCGCUUUCAUGUACAGGACCGUCUUCGGCGUUCCGGAUAAGGUCGAGGAGGAACCCGUUCCAGAGGCGGUCGCUCUCAACAGUCUGGAGAGCCAGAAGACGGAGCAGCCCUAAUUCGCUGGCGAGGGGGAGAAGGUGGCAGGCGAUCGAGGUGACAGGCGAUAAGGGGAGGUUGGAGGUCGUCGAUCGACGUUUUCGCAACGCGAGAAAAUCAAAGCUUCGGCACGCUUUUGGACGGAGAGGGUUACUGCGUGGUCUGGAACGCCUGGACGAUUCAACAGACUCUCCUAGCCUGAGGAUCGUGGGCGAUCUUUAAGGCUCAAGCAGGACGUCCUCGCAAUCCCCGAGAUAUGCGGGAUAGAAGACAAUCAUCUCGGCUCGAGAGCGUCGAGUGGACGCGUCAGAUCAUCGUCGACAUAAACUGUCGUGGCAGGUUCUCACAUGCAUACCUGACGAGUCGUGCUGUUUCGUUAGCCGUUGAAUGCUUUAAGAAAGCGAGCGUCUCCGUGGUCGUCGAGCUUGUGAAGCGACAGUACGACCUAACUCGCCCUAACCCGAAUCUUGGGGAUAAGAUCUUGAAGAAACUUUAAUGAGAAACUUUUUUAGAAUCUGGAUUUUUAAUUAGACCUUAGUCGUGACCCGCUCGUUUAAUUAAGGGCCGCGGAAUGAAAUUCUUACGCGGCGUGCAAAGGUGAGCCUCGACGUGAUCCGCGAAAAUGUCUCGUAAUCGCGAAUAAAUGUUUAUCGGCGCGACAUGCGAGAUCGACCCCGGCUAAAGUCGCACCACUUUCUCUCUGUAAAAUAGUGUACAUUCACACUUGCCAUAAGUAUCCCGAUCAUCUCGGCAUUUAUUGUUCAUGUACAAUAUAUUGCGUGUAUGAAAUAUUGUAUAUGCAAUAUAUCGUGUAUACGUAUAUUUUUUCGUGUCUAUAAUAAAUACUAGAGAUAAAUUAUUGGAUGUGCGGCUCGAUGUGGAAGAAAAUAACAAGCAGAUGAAUUUGAUGUUUAACAUAUUCAGUUUCAUGAUGUUUCAUAUCAAGUUUCAUUGAAACAGUUCGCACUAUUUUCGCUCCUCUCAUCUCGUACGCUCGUCGUAUGUUUAAUGGUAGUUACGCACAUAAAAUGUCUGAUUAAAUGUUAUAAUACUCCUAUGCGAUAUCACUUGAUAAAUCGUUUUCAGCGGUUAUUUGUUUACAGUUGGAAAGGGUACAGAAGGAAGAGAGAGAGAGAGAGAGAGAGAGAGAGAGAGAGAGAGAGAGAGAAGGGGAAGGGCUGAGAAAUAUAGAAAAAAAAAAAGGAAGAAUGGAUUAUUUUGUACUCACGUUUGUGUUGAUCGUUCGGUAGCCGCAAGCGAGAACGUCGUCGGUUCUCCUUCGGGCGAACCGAUGACUUUUUACGUAUUUUUAUCUCGUAAAUAUACGAUCGCGUGCGCGCGCGCUAUACUUCUACAGUUAUGUGUAUACUCGCUUGCAAUGUGACGGCGGGAAAAGCGCUCGUUGUCGUCGGGAAAAGAGGUCUUUUCUACCCGUCGAAGCGGCGUGUGCUUUCGACAGCUUCCCGAACGCGAGACAAAUAAUUGUGUGUGUGUGUGUGAUUUUACUAUUUAUGUGCCUUACCAAGGACCACACGAAUAUAUAUAUAUAUAUAUAUAUAUAUAUAUAUAUAUAUAUACGUAUGCGUACGUGUGCGGAAUGACGCGAAAGCGCUUAAUUAAUGGUCCCGAUCGGUAUUCGCGUCCCCUUGUUUCCGUUUCCCGCGGAAAUGGAAGCAUCCGCCCUUCGUGUCUUCGUUUGAUCCUGCAAUCGUGAUUAAACAUUCGGAGCAAUUUCGAAUUUUUACACACUGAUAAACCAUGCACGCACAUUUCGUUUGAGUUUUAUGCUCGUGGCGUAGUAUCAAAACGCGCAAAUGAAAA